UCUCUCUCACAAUUCCACCUCUCCACCUCAAAAGAGAGGUGUGGAUGAAACAUUAUCCCUAAUAAAUUUCUAACAAACCUAUUUUGGCGACAACUUGGAGAGUUGGAGGUUUCACAACAGCGUCAACGUACAAGUCGUAGUCACUGUCCAAAUUCUACUUCCUUCUUCUAAAUAAACAAUUUCUCUCUAAAUAAACAACCCGUCCUUAUAAUUUCCUUCACCAUCUCAUCUCAUACAUACUCAGUGAGAUGAAUCAAAUCAAACCAAUGGCGAUGGAGCCCUGGCACAACCUUGCUGGAAAAGUGGUGCUGGUCACCGGCGCUUCCUCCGGCCUCGGCCGUGAAUUCUGCCUUGACAUCGCCCAAGCCGGUUGCCGCGUCAUUGCCGCAGCUCGCCGGACCGAGCUGCUCCAAUCCGUCUGCGACGAAAUCAACCAGAUGGACGAUGGCGACAACGUCCUCCGCGCCAUCGCAGUGGUGCUCGAUGUCGCGGCGGACAGCGCCGCCAUCGACAAGUCUGUGCAAAAGGCGUGGGACGCUUUCGGCCAUAUUGAUGUGUUGAUCAACAACGCCGGUGUUAGAGGAAAUGUGAAAUCACCAUUAGAGUUGAGUGAGGAGGAAUGGAAUCAAGUGUUGAGGACGAACUUAACUGGUGCAUGGUUAGUUUCAAAGUCGGUGUGCAAACGCAUGCGAGAUGCUCGCCGGGGAGGAUCAGUGAUCAAUAUUUCAUCAAUUGGUGGUUUAAAUCGGGGACAAUUGCCUGGAAGUGUUGCCUAUUCUGCUUCCAAGGCAGGCGUUAAUAUGCUAACAAAGGUCAUGGCAUUGGAAUUGGGACCAUACAGAAUCAGAGUGAACUCCAUAUCACCUGGGCUGUUCAAAUCUGAAAUCACAGAAAAAUUAAUGGAGAAAGAUUGGUUGAAUAAUGUGGCCAUCAAAACAGUGCCAUUGAGAAAAUUUGGCACUCUGAAACCAGCAUUAACAUCCAUUAUUCGUUAUUUAAUUCAUGAUUCUUCAGAAUAUGUUUCAGGAAAUGCUUUUAUUGCGGACGCUGGUGCCACCUUACCAGGUCUUCCUAUUUUUUCUUCAUUAUGAAUGAUGGAUGGUUGAUAUUAAUUUUUGCAGGAAUAUUGUAUUUGAAUAGGGUAACCUAGUAUUUGUACUCGUGCCUUGCACGAAUGAAUAAUAAGUAAAAGUAAAAAAUAAAGUAAAAUUAA